CUCUUUCCCGACAUGCUCAAGUAGCCAAGCAACCGGCGCCACAGGAUCUCUCCAAACCAACUAGCGAGCGACCUCUUCCCGUUCUGCCUCGCCGCUACUCCAAUCACGACAGCGUGCGCGACGACAGCAAUUCUCGUCGACACGAUGGUUUCUCUCAAAGGACUAGCCGGACUAUCGGCCGUGUUGGCGUCGGCCGCCGCGCAGGUCGCCGGCUUUGACAACAAGUUUCUCUUUCCGGACUCGAUUGGCGAGGUCUAUUCCAACGGCUACGUGAUGAAUGUAAAGUGGCAGUCCAACUACACGAGCCCGACACUCACAAUGUGGUGCCGCGCGCCAGGCAGCACUGAAAUCCUGAUGAAGUACCAGAGCAGCACCAACGUGCCAUCCAACAACGGCACCAAGGCUGUUACGAUCGACCUCGUCAAUAUUGACGGCUGCUGGUUCCAACUGAGCACCCAGAAGGAGGCAGGAUUCAACAGCAACUCGUGGAAGCUGGCCAACAACGGAGCACCAAUCUCGGCGUCGUCCACAGCCAGCACCACUGCACCACCCCCCGAGUCGAGCACGGCGAGCACAAGCACAACCCCAACUCCGCCACCAGCCGCCGAUUCGUCUUCACCUUCAACACCCGGACCCGAUGCGGCGGCUGCCAAUGCGGAUCUCUCCCCGGGUGCAAAAGGUGGUCUCGGCGCCGGUAUUGCGAUCGCUGCACUCCUUGCCAUCGUGGGCGCAGCGCUGUUGGUGCUCGCGCGCCGCAAGAUGCAGGCAGCCCAACAGCUCGCCGGGCAGUACCAGGAUCACGAAGCAUUCCAGCAGCAGCAGCAACAACAACAGCAGACGUACUACCCCCCGCAGGGAUCAGCUGACGGGCGGGCGUCAAUGUAUGUCCAGUCGAUUAGCACCCACACCACGGGCCAGGACGGGACUGCCAGCGAGACGAGGAUGCUACCUGCGUCCCUGUACGGACACCCGGCGCUGCCGGUGUCGCCGGAGCAGCAGCAGCAGCAGCAGUAUGGGUGGCCGGAGAUGGCAAUGGCGCCCCAACAGCCUCUGGUCGCGGAGCUGUCCCCUGGUCAGCUGUUUGAGAUGCCAGGACAAGGCGCCACUGAAAUGCCGGUACAAGGCACCAAGGAAACCCAAUAGGGAUAGACUUGGCGGUUUUCGGCGACUCUUGAGGUUUUUCCCGCUGCUGGCAUGUUUUGUCUUGGGAGAUAAUGUUUUUUUCUUUUUCUUCUGGGGAUCUGUUGAUGAGUUCUUUUAGUGUUUCCUUGUUUCUGUCUCCUCUUCCAGGCGUGACACGCAAUUACUCUUUCCUUGGCUGUGGAUGAUAAAAGCCGUCCAAACUGUUGCCAUCUGCAAACUCGAAAGUUAUGCAAGGCAUCCAUGCGCCCGCCCGU